AGCUGUUUAGCUCUGAUUUCCUCUGUUCUGCGCUGUGUUUAAAUUGUUAUUAGGAUUUAGGCUAGGAAUUACUGGCUGCAUACGUACCGCCACUGCUCCACCAACCUCCGCCCCUUACAAGGACCCACCAUGAGCUCCAAGGACAAGUCCAAGUUUAAGCAGUUCAUCAAAACGCUGCCGGCAGGUUAUGUGGGCGAGCGGACGCUACGGCCGGAAUUUGAGAGGGAAUUGCGACCGGAGCAGCCGGUGGCCCAGCGCUGCAGGAUGCUGAAGGAGCUAGGCGACACGCAGCUGCAGAACUUCAAUUUGGACGAGACCGCCGUCACCGUUUUGUUCAAGCUCACCAACGAUCUCAUAGUGCCCAAUAAGCCGGCCGAAACGCGCCAGAUUGCCUUGAGCUUCUAUAAGCGGCUCAUUCACACACAGUACAAGAACCUAACCAUCAUGCGGGAAAAGUUUUUCCUGGUCAUCCAGAACCACGAGGCGCGCGAGGAUCUCCGCCACCUGCUCGAGCUGCUCGACACACUCACCGACAACGGGAAGGACAUCACCAACUUUGAGGAGAAGAUUGGCAAGUUCAUGCUACUCUGGAUCCCAGCAAUCGCAGAAGCCAAUCUGCUCAGCCCCUAUCUUGACAUGCUAGUAAACCUGAUAAAGUUCAAUGCAGCGCAUUUGGACAAAGACAUCCUCGUGGGCAUCGUGCAAAAUGCUUGCGACCUGAGCUGCAGCGUUACAGUCAACGAAAUCGGACUACAAUGCCUGACAAUUCUCGAAAUGGUCAUCGGGUACACCAUCUUCCCCAGCGAACCACUGCCGCAGUGCAUCACCACCUUGUGCCGGACUGUAAACCAUGCUCCUUACUGCCCGUCCUCAUUUAAGAUCAUGAAGAACUUGUUGGGCACUCAACUGGGAUACCAUUCCAUGAAGAUGAUGUGCAGCAUCCUUAAUGAUCGUACUCUUUACGAUGACGCCCAUCUUUUGCGUGGGGCAGUGUUCCACCUAAACAUGAACAUCUUUGGAUCGAACAUUAUUUUCCAGGUUUCACCCAUGACCUACGCAACGAAUGUCCUCACAGCCUUCCUGCGGGCACUGGAUAGUCGACAAGUGAUCGUUACUUUUGAGGUGAUCCUCAGCGUUCGAAUGGUGAUAAACAAGCGGCAGCUUUCGGAGAUAAUUUGGGACCGGAUCUGCGAUAUAAUGUCCUCGAUAGUUAGCAACAUCGAGUACUACGAGGCGACCAACAUAAAUAAAGAUCGCCUGCAUCACCUGCAGAUCAAUUUCCACGAAAACAUUGACUGCAUCGAGAAACUUUUGCAGCAAGAUCGAUCGCAGAUUCUGGGUAAUGUGGAGCGCAUCUAUGAUCUCAUCGAGCGGGUGGCGGACCGACGGCCAGAGGCAUCCGUUCUCGCCCUCAUCGAGUACAGAUCCCGCCGAGUAACGGCAACACGGCCGGAAUGGCUCCAAGUGCUGGCACAGUUUGUCCGCCGCUACUACCGCAUGUCCAACGUGAAUGUUCGCAUUAAGACGAUCGAGGCACUGGUUCGGAUUAUGGACCAAAAUCGUGCUUGCUACGAGGAAGAGAUCCUCAGUCGGGUGGUGCUCGUGCACCUUUCUCAGAUUCAUCAAGAGCCAAGCGUACAGGUGCGAGUGGCAGUGGCUCGGGCUCUUUCCAAUUUUGCCACCCACUGCGAUACAAAGCGUUGUAUGGAUCUUCUAGACAUCCUUGAGGCACUAAUCAAUCGACCGUUUGAGCACACGCGCCAUGGAUCUGCUGGUGACGCAUCUCUACCAGAUGUAGCAGUAGGUUUGAUCUACAACGAAUCGGAGAUCGAAGACAUCAUCGCCGCCGUUGAUGGUUUGGUCAAAGUGUUUGCCAUCAAGUUGCACCGCCUUCCGGCGGUCCAUGCCCUUAAAAUAUUUAACAUUCUUUUGGAUCACCUUGAGCUGCAUUAUGACAGACCAAAGAUUUUCGACAACAUCAGCGUUGUGCGCCAUAAAAUUUUUAGCUUUUUGCUGAAAGCUCGGGCAAAUGGAUCUUACCACAUUGGCUAUCCAGAGGGCAGCAAAGAGGUGGUAAAGUUCAGUCAAUAUCUGGGCAUCGAUUCUCCCCUGCUGCCACAAGCCCACACCACAGCGAUAUCCAUUCGACGAGUCUGCAAACUAAUCGUGAGGUGCCUGGUGCACGACACCGACUACCAGGUGUUCCAGUUGGUCAUUAAGGAGCUGCCCAAGGUGCUGCAGAACAAGGCACUUGUCCAGGGUAAUGACAUCGAGGAGCUGGCCAACUCACUCCUCAAGAUCAAUGUGGUUAGCAACAAUAAGUUCAAGCGCCCCACCGACGAGUUCCACGCCCUCGUAUUGCCUGCUAUAGCAUCCUUAGUUAUCUACCACGAAAGCCUGCAACCGCAGCAUCAUUAUGGCAUUAUCACAGCCCUAAAUUCGAGAGUCCUCACUGGCAUUGCCAGCGUCUGCAUUAAUACCAUGACCAUUCUGAUACUGGAGAUGCCGGAGGCGUUGAUGCGGAAGCUGCCGGAUGUGCUGCUGCAAAUGAGCAAAAUGUCAGACACCAAAGCACUGGCCACUCCGGUGCUUGAAUUUCUAUCCUUGCUCAUCCAUUUGUCUAAGCAUCUGUUUGCAAACUUUACAUCCAUGCAUAACAUGUACGUGUUUGCCAUCACGUUACCGUAUACAAAACCCCAUCGCUAUGAUCACUAUACAGUUUCCCUGGCCCACCAUAUUAUCGCCGGCUGGUUCCUCAAGUGUAAGCUUGAGCUGCGCAAAAACUGUGUAAACUACAUUAAGAGCUCGAUUCAGUCGAAUGCCAGAAUGUUAUCCAGCGACAUUGUUAAUCUGAACGAGGACUCGUCCAAUCGUAAACGGAGUACCAGUCUGACGGAGCGCGGUAGUCGCAAUAAUGCCAGUGCCUGGAACGAUCUGGAGAUGCGGCCUCAGAUGGACAACGGACUUCGGAACUUCCACGCCGAGUUGGCAGAGACCUGUUUUGAUUUUUUGGCCCGCCACACAUAUUCGCCCUGUCCGUCGAUGCCCAAGCGUCUCCCUGCAGCGCAGUUUCUAUUAAAGGAUGGCGUCUCGCAGACCUGGCUUGUCGGCCAUAACUUGGUGACCAUCACUACCUCUGGCUGUCCAUCGGCUCCUACGCGGAGUGGUCUAUGCGAGCGAUGCGCCCAACUUGGAAAGGCUCCGAGCAUCAGCCUGAAUUCGAAGAGCCUAAGUGAUGCUGCUCCUCCACUUUCGCCUGAGCGGGAAAGGCGUUACACUAAGGUUAGCCUGCAGCACAGUAGCGGAAACGAGUCCGCGGGUAGCACGGAGCUCACCUCCUCCUCAUCCUCAAACUCGGCAGCCACAGGUGGCCAUCCACACCGACAGAUCUCCAACAGUUCCACCGCUUCGCUCGAUGCGCUGUCCCGUCGUGGUUCUAAUCCCGAAGCCUUGGGCAGUGGAAUGGGAGAAGGUCCACAUACAGGAAGCAACACUUCGCUUCUGGGAAAUUCUGUGUCCCAAUCUUCUGUAAGCAUGAGCCCCUCAUCAGGUUCCGUGGUGCAGCAGCCAGUUUGUGUACGCGCUUGCACUGGCUGGGCGGAGGUCCUGGUUCGUCGUCCCACGGGUAACAUAUCGUGGAUAACACGUAUUCAGAACCCCAUCACCAACGAUUGCUUUGGCCAGGACUUGCCAUUAAACAAUGUCGUAUCUCUGUUUCUGCCAACUGCCCAUGGCGGAGUCUUUGGACCGGACAACACCAUACAAGUACCGCCUCAUCCCUUGGUUGAUCCGGAACCGGAACCGGAGGUUAAUCCAGCAGCGGCUCCACAGGCAAGUGCAUUGCGCAGUCGGAUGGUGGCCAAGGCUCGUGCACUCCAGCGCCAGGAGGAAAUUCACUCGGUUGGCGGAGGAAAUGGAAAUGGAAACGGAAAUACUUCCAGCAGUGGAGCAGCAGCUGCCAUCCCCAUACCUAGAGUUUCAGCAACCGGAAAGCGAGGCAAAGAUGCAGCUCUUUGUGGUAGCGUUAGUGAUGGCGAAGCAGACGAUGACUCUUUAGCCUUCGAAGAUGCGCAGAGUCGUGCACGUAAUCCCGUUCGCCGAGUCAACUCCAGCCCAGAGAUGAGCUCCAGCUGGCGGCAAUCGUUCCUGACCAACAAACCAACGCCACUGUCUCAGGAGAUCGUAAAAACUAUCGCCGAUGAGCCCCAAUCGCAGCUGACUUUGAAGAAGAAGAGUGUACAGUACAGCACCAAGGAUAUGCGCGUGAGUUGCGAGGCCAUUCCUGAGGAGAUUGCCGGUUCCACGCCGCCUUCGCAGGCUGCCGCGCUGGCCCUGCAGCCGGAAAGUGGCACCCUGCCGCCCAAGCAGCAUUCUGCGGACGAUGUAAGCAGUCAAGUUUCUGGGAGCAGCACACUGCAAUCAGGAGGAUCCACCCUAAAGUUGGGCAAACCCCCCCUUUCGCCUGGGCAGCCCUUGCUGUCUUUGCUGACAACAGGAAGAACAACCAGCUUUGGAGGCACCUCCGUUCCCCAGCCUGGUGUUCUAGCCAAGUCAAGUAGCAGUGGUACCAACGGCGCCAAUGAUGGAGUAAUUUCCACCGACUACGACAACGGCAACAAUGGAAACGGAGACAUGAUGCGUGGUCGUUCAAAGACUAUUUCGGUUGUGCGGGAGGUGAACAACGGAAAUGCACGCCUGCCACCAGCUAGUAGUUUCCGGAAUUUUGGGCCCGCCAAACCGCCCAUCAAUGCCAAGCUGUGCAUGAAUCCGAGUUUUAUCUUCUUGCAACUGUACAGCACUGGCCAGCUAGGCGUGACAGAUGAGCCAUUAAAGGUUGGUCCGGAAAACAACAGUGCAGUCACCUUAAUAGAUCUGGUUCCACCAUUUGAGACUCACAAGAUCGGGGUGCUUUAUGUAGGCCAAGGGCAGUGCAACAACGAGGUGGAGAUUUUACGCAAUUCCCACGGUAGUGCUAGAUAUGUGAAUUUCCUGCACAACAUCGGUACUCUGGUUAGCCUAAAGGAAGCCGAGCAGAACAACCUGUUUAUUAUGCUGGAUAGGAACGGGGCCGAUGGCAAGUUUGCCUAUAUUUGGAAGGAUGACAUAUUGCAGGUCACUUUCCAUGUGGCCACCCUGAUGCCCACAAACCUACAGGAUGAUCCUAAUUGCAACGAGAAGAAGAGCCACAUUGGCAACGAUUUUGUGAAAAUCAUCUACAACGAGAGCGGCGAGGAGUACAAUCUUAACACUAUAUCCGGCCAAUUUAACUACGCCUGUGUGAUAGUGGAGCCUCUGGAGCUUAACUCUAACAGGGUGUAUGUGUUGGCUCGAUCGGAGAUAUCGAAAUUCGUGUGCCAUGCAGAACAUCGGAUAGUCUCCGACCGCAGUGCACCUCUUUUAGCCCGUCAGAUGGCCCUGCACGCCAAUCUGGCCUCGCUAGUCUACCAAAGUGUGCAGAAAAAACAUCCGUAUGCAUCGAAUUGGCUAGAACGCUUGCGCCAACUCAAGCGCCUGAGAUCAAAGCUAAUUGAGGGACAAAACAGUCAGCAAAAAUCCGGCAGUGCCUCAAGCGGCAUUGGAAUCAACGCCUCGGCCAUUGGUUCGGAAUUAGACGACCAACGAGGAGACUUCAUUAAAUACACAUAGACAACAACGAGAGGCUCUAAACUGAACAACUAUGAAAGAGCAGAGGACCUACAGACUCAAUAUGCCAUGAUUCCUCUUGAUUUCCAAUUUGGAUAUUUCAGUACUUGCAAAGCGAACGAUUUGAUUACAUCAAAUCUCAGCAGACCAACAAAAAAAGUCUUUGCCUAACCAAUAUUCAUGAAAAUAAUUAUAAUAUUAUAUAAUCAUAAUGAAUUUGACAAGUUUAUAAAAUUUGUGAGAAUACAUAAGCGCUGUUCA